GAAACGUUGUGCAGCAUAGAUCUAGUUGGAAAAACCUGAAUUAUCUGAAAGUGGUCGAAAACAAGUUGGAUGAAAACAAACAUGGCGAAUUUGUCUUGAUAAAAUAAGUCACGUGUGGAAUUAAAAUAUUACAAACAGAGCUUCAGUCAAGCUGUCUCCACGACGUCAGAUGAGGAGGACUCCAUUUUUGGCUCCACCUCCACCAUUGAGUCGCCUAGCAACAAGAAUAAUCAAACAAAGACCAGCCAAUCCAUGGAGACUGGGAGUGACCUUGAAAGUGUUCCCAUAUCAGCCGAAUCCAUGGCCGAGAUCUUGAUGGCCUCUGUUGUUUCUUCGACGUCAAGCAUUGUUAAAACGGACGCUCAUGCUCGACCAAUUCCGUCUAAAAUUCGUAAACAGGAAGUGAAGGUUUCUUCAGCCGUUUCCAGUAGUGUCCCAGUAGCUGUUGUGUCUAACUCUGGGAUAUCACAACUGGCCACUCAGCCUGCGCAGGCAGUUCAGUCCAGCCCCCCGAUGAUAGUAGUCCUCAUGCAGCUCCCUAAUGGCCAGACUAUUCCCGUGCAGAUACCCGUGUCCAACAUUGCCUCUUCCCAACCACUGCAGAACCUCACCGCCCAGUCGCAGAAUACGCCAAUGAUUCUGCACCAGUUCAAUCCAGUGAUGGCUGCUACAGCAUCUAACAUCGGUCCACAGAUUGUAACCAAUGGAAACACACAAGCUGCAAAAUUUCCAAUUUCACCGAAUGCCGGUAUGUCAUCAACGUCCAACGGUGGCAGUGUGUUCAUCACUUUACCAACCACUCCCACUGUUGCAGCUAGCCCCGUAGGCUUUAGUCUGCAACAUUGUCACACUGGGGGGCAGAUCUUACCAAAUCUGGGAUCCCAGCAUCAAGUUAUGGUCCUCCCCACCAGCUCGGUGGUUUCGUCCAUGCAGAACAUGGCCCCUGUGGCGUCUGUCAGCUCUACCUAUCAGACUGCGGGGUCCUCUAGGACAACAUUCUCAGGCAGCCAGUCAUACACUAAAGAGGUUACUGUUGGCGCAACUUUCCGGCUGGACAACACAAAGGAAGAAAAUAAGACCUGUUCUGCAUUCUUAAACAAGAUGUCCUCCUUUGAUAUGUUUAAAGGGUUUGGGCAAGUGGUUUCUGUAGAACAUGACACUUUGAAGGUUGGUGACUUUGUCACAAGAUCUGGAGUGAGGAUAGUCACACUUGAGUGUGAUUCAAAUAUGACAGAGGCUAUACCACACAUACUAGCAUUCGAUUGUGGCUCAAGAGCCCUUAUUGCCAUGCGGGGAAGGCAACCUUUGUGUCUCUAUUGUCAAGAGGUGGGACAUGUACGCAAUACAUGCCCACAAAAUAUUAAUUCAAUAUUUAAGCACAACCAGGAGAGUGUUUCAGGGACAAAAGUUGUAAAGGAUGUGGCACAAACGGCACCAGAUGUGGCACAAAAGGCACCAUCAUCAAAUGUCAAGGAGACAGUUGCAGAAAGGCCGGAAGUGACGGUUGAACAAUCAUCAACACAGAAGGACGAUUUCCAGGUCGUUGUUAGCAAGAAAAAGAAAUCAAGCGGUCAAAAGAAACAGAUAUCAGCAGAAGAGGUGACACAAACAGAGAAAGGGGAGGAAAAAAUGGACGCACACGAUUUAGAGGAUGACAGCAGCGAGUAUGUGGAGAGCCGGUGCUCGGGUUGUCAUCCUGGGCUUAACUGGAUGGUGGGGUUGAGGCGGGUGAGUAGUUGUACCGAAGGCUGUCACGUGCCUCAACUCCAUCAUCCAGAGCAGCUGUAG